CGGUUGACGAGUAUAUUUGCAGUGAUGCAUAAUUGAUAAAGUUGCUACACCAUUCCAAUUGAAUUCUGCUUUCCUUAUGUUUAUUGUUAAGAGCCAAUCUUGUGCGAGACCGGCCUUCAAUAUCUUAAUAUAUGUUGUAUAGUUAUGUAAAUCGUAAUUGUUGAAUUGAUCCACAAGAAUCAUAGGUCAAUGCAUGAUCGUGGCGGUUGGCUUCGAGUCGCUACUGAAGAUCUACUAAAAUUCUAGGGUGCUCUACCGACAUGUCCCGAGAAAAUGUCUUGACARAACUUAUUUGAGCGUCUUUUUGUACACCUAAAAUACGAAGCGAGUUAAAUGUUAAGGAUGAAUAACACGACAUCAUCUAACUCCACGGUUUCUAUGGUGACUAAUUAUCUGUUUAACAUCGCACCUGCGAUGGAACGAUGGGAAAUGCUCGUACUUGCAGCCUUCUGUGGAUUGAUCGGUGUUGCUGCAGUCAUUCCCAACUACCUGACACUCCGUGCACUUCAUUCCACGAAGGCCCUACUUAGUAAGCAGAAGCAUCUAAUUGGCAGCAUUGCUUUGGCCGAUUUCCUCGUUGGUAUUUUAUCCAUCCCUUCAUUCUUGUACAACAUGAUGAAAUGGCCGAGUUUGAGCUACAUCAUCUAUGAAGGCGUGGAUUCCAUGGCAGGAUUUGCCAGUAUUUUUUCAAUGGCUGGAAUUUCAAUACAGGUAUUCAAUGAAGUGGUGCGUUUUCAAGAAAUCAAAGUUCCUGAUCCAUGUUCACAAGCUCUUGUUGUACUGGGUAUUUGGUUUACCUCUAUGUUUGGUGCAGCUAUUAAUGUCGUGUGCCUCAUGAAUCUCUUCCCAACAUACUUUGMGUACUCUUUCUACUUUUAUGUGAUGAUGAUCUUCCUUUGCAUGACGGGAUUGAUCAUACUGGUCACGUGCUUUGCUGUUAUGGCUAAGACAUGUUAUCAGAAUGAGGAAGUGGCCAAUCAGACGCAUUCUAAAGACAAUGCUAACACAUUCAAUUCCGUGUUUACUGUGAUGCUGGUGUACUUCGUGUUUUGGAUGUUUCCCUAUAUCUACUUCACCUACAACCGUAUAUGUACAUCGUGCAAGAUCUCCGUUAAAUACUUGUUCAUUAUUCGCAUGUUCAUGUAUCUGAAAUGUGUCUUUAAUCCCAUUAUAUAUUUUAAUAAGAUCAUCUACUUCUCGGGAGCCAUUAUGAGAAUUUUGACGCGAGAAUGUUUCGGUUUUCCCGCGGGAUAAAUAUUUAAACUUAUGUAGUCUUGUCACGCAUCUCAUCGCUACCGUGUCUGGUCGGCCCGAACUGGUCGGAUAUCAGAACACUUACCGCAUGAUUCGUCCUUCUUCAACUUCAGRACUGUUUUGGUUAGUGAAGAAUCUAACACCUAUAUUUCUACUUCAAUUAGAUUACAUCAGACUGAACUUUAGUAAAGAAUUGGUAAAUCUUUGCCUGAACAACAGCCUCCAUUUUAAUGAUUAUAAAAUAUAUUACAAUGAUUCAA